UUGUUCCUCGAGCAUUGUUGAGUUAUAUAAGCACUUAGGAAUUUUUGGGAACUCUUUGGUAUCUUGAAAAGUUUGGUGAAAUUCCGUUGUUAAUCAUGCAGGCAGAUUUGGAUACCAUUUUCGCCGUAAGUCUAAGCUAGUGAACGCUAAACUGUAUGUUUACUUGUUGUCAUGCAAGGACGAAGCACAAAGACGUGAACUCAGUCCACAAGAAUGUGUUUAAACACUCUUAAGUAAAAUUCUUUGAUGGUGUGCGAAGAGACCGAAACGGUAACUCCAGAUUCCCAGGGGAAAGCAUUUCUGCAAACUGAAAAUGAAUAAAAGUCAAUCGUGGAAGGAUAUUGCACCUGAAGGUGAGAAAGUGGCUGAUCUAGGGCGAACAAGUUCGCAGCCACCGCAUACACCACAAGCCACGACAAAUGAGCACAGUUUUGCUGCGGUAAAUUCAUCUUCAAAGUCAAGCAUGGAUGAAAUGCGACGAAGGAUUGUUCAACUUAACAAGGAAUUGGAACAAGAGAGAACCCUUGUAAAAAAUCUGAGAAGAGACAAGGUAUUGGAGGUCAGACAAGCACGAGACGAAGAACAGCGAAAAGCGAUCGCCAUGCAAACCGAAUUAAGGUCGAAACUUCACAAAGAAAAGGUAAAUGAGCUAACGGCUUUGAAAGAACAAGUUCGUAAAGAAAAAGAGAAGGAAAUAUUGCUGAUAAUAAGACAAAAGGAUGAGAUUUUAAGAACUGCUCAACAAGCUUGGGCAAAGGAGAAAGACGAACUUAAAUCGAAGAUUCGUAAUGAACUUCGUGGCGAAACGCGGGAAGACAGCAAACGUGAAUUUGAAAAGGAACGCUGUAGAAUGGAGCAGGAAAUUGCAGAUCUCUAUCGACAGAAACGUGACUUGGAAGAAACACUUAAGCUUGUUCAGGAUGCUGAUAAAAGAAAAAUAGAAGAUAUUCGAAGAAUACACCACGAACAUGAAGCAGAACUAGAUAAAUUCAAGAGAAAUUCAUGGCAAGAGAGCAGACAGCAGAUGGCAGAAAUUCGUCAGUUGCUUAACAUAAUUGAACAACUUGAAAAGAAGCUUGGAUUAGAAGCUGGGUAUUCCAUGAGACUUAGACUGGAAAAGGACAACUUAAAUGACUUGUUAAAAAAAUCCACAACAUUUGAUACUUGGGACAGAAUGAUGUCAAGUGGGAAAAGUGAGCAGGCAACCCCUCCAGGAACUCCUGAUUCUAAAGGCAGCAGUCAAGAAUUUAGAAUGCUGCAAAGAAAGAAUGUGGAACUUAGUUCUUUGGUUCGCAAAUUGGAUGAAAAAAAUCAACAACUGGCUACUAGAAAUGCUGAAUUGCUGGCUGAGUUGGAGAAACUUGAAAAGGACAAUCGAGAAAAAAACAGAAAGCUUGAAAGGAAGAAUACAGAUUUAGCACAAACAAACAAGAGGCUUGAAAGUCGGAACAAACUGUUACUUGAUGAAGUUAACUCUUGGAAAAAGACUUUAACCAAAAAGAAGGAGAAUACUGUAAAACGAAGGGGACCUGCAAAUAAAGAGGAUGAGCUUGGUGAGUUAAAGGCCCAAGUAAGAGAGCAGACAAGAACUAUUGCAGACCUGAAGCAAAGCAUGAUGGAAAAAGACCGAAGGAUUGAGCUCCUAAGAGGCAGAAAGAAAAAAAGCAAGCAGCAACCAGUUAGCCUCAUGUCACAACCCACAGAUCUUUUCCCAGUGGCUGAUGACGAUACCUUAUCAGUUCAUUCUGACUUUAGUGAAGCUUCAGAAAUGUCAUCUAGUGAAGAUGUUGACAGCAAAAGAAUAAAAAAGCUUGCAAAAGAGCUUUUAGCUUUAGAGCGAGCUUAUGCCCUUCUCCAAGCUCAAGUAAGCAGUGCAGUGGAUGUUGAAAGGGAUGAGAUGGCAAAACAGCAGCUCCAGUCAGACUUGCUUGAAAGUCAAACAAGAAUUCAUGAACUUGAGAGAAUGAUAGACAGUGGACAGGGUUCUGGAUUACAAGAAAUAUCCAAUCUUCAAGAAGAUAACAAGGCUUUGUAUCAAAAGCUGGUGGCAGCAGAACAAGCCCGAGAUAAGGCACAAAGUGAGCUGGAUAAAUACUCCGAGGACAUGCGAGAGUUACAGGAUCAAAGAGAUCUGCUGGAAUUCGAACUGGAAGAAAUGUCGCAGUUAUCUACUGCAGGGUCAGAGGACUGGGAUUCAAGAAAAUCCAGAAAUGGCCUUGAGUCAUUUUCAUCGCCAAGAAUGCUGAGUAAUGAUGCUGCUGUUCUUACGUUGGAGGACAUUAAAGCCCUUCUUGAGGAACUGGGAUCGGAAAAGGAAGAUGUUUUGUCCCCAGUACAAAAAAGUGCUCUUAAACAAGCCAGAAUCAUGCUGGAAUCAAUGGAUGAGAAAAUCCAUCACAUGGAGAUUACUGAGAUGGCAUUGAGAGACAAAGUCCGGGACUUGGACUUGGGUUACAACAGUGAGUCCUUGAAGUCUGACCUUGAUGAAACCAGAAGCCUUUCAUUACUCACCUGUGAUCGUGAGACACUUGCAGACUUGCAGUGGACUAAGCUGGAUAACAUUGAACUCUACCAAGAGCAACGAAUGGAAGCAAUGAAAUAUCUAAAGCACGCAAGAGUAGUAACAGAAGACACGUGUUGUAUGACAGAUUUGACUGGGGAUGAUUUAGUUAGUCUUGAAAACAUAGGCAGGAAUUACCCUCACGACUUUCCAGAUAGAGGAGAGACAAGUGGAAAGAGUGAUAAAGAUUGCAUGACGGAUCUUGCAUGGUGGGAGUUAGGAGAAAUGGAAGAAACCUAUGUUCGUUCAUUCGCACAUGGAAAAUGUAAAGGUGAGGUAGAAACUGUAGAUAAUGAAACAGACAUAAAUUGCCAAGAUCUUGAGGAAUUAGAAAGUAAGAAACAAGAAACAACGGCAGGUAGAUCGAGUCGGGAGGAUAGUGACACAGUGGCGGAAAUAAGUUGGGAAGAACUAGAUCAACAGGAAAACGAAAAAUCUAAUUCUUCUUUACCAAGAGGGGUUAGCGAGAGCAACAUGGACAUGGGAAGUCAUGGACAUGAAGUAGGAAUUGUUACCGACCUCAGUUUGGCAGAACUUGCCCUCAUGGAAAUUAAAUACUUAGAAUGUAUCGAAAACCUUCACGAGGUCAAAUCAGGUGUAGUUACGGAGAAGGACGAGAUGACUGGGUUUUCAUCCGUUGAAUGGGUGGAAACUUUACCUGAAAUUGUGCUGGACACAUUUCCAGAAGAUCUCGCUUGCACAAAAGAUCAGUGCGAGAUGACAGAGUUGAAAUGCGAUGACAUAGCAAAGUUGAGUAACAAGUGUAUUGACUACAAACAUAGUCUUGAAGAACUGGAAAAGAGGAUUGCUCUUUUUGACGUUGAGAAAAAAGAGGAGAGUUGUUCUACAGAGUUCACGUGGAGUGAUAUUGAUAGCUUACAAGAAAAAUGUUACAGUUAUAAGUGUAUUAUCAGUGAACUUGAAGACAAAAUCUCCCUUUUUGAAGUCGAAAAGAAAGAUAAAAGUAGUUCCACAGAGCUUUCUUUGCAAGAUCUCGUAAACGCCAGAUUCAGUGUCGAUACAAAAGAAGUUGAAACUAUAACAGAUGAAAAAGAUUUUUUGGACAACAAAGAUUUACCAGAGAUCGUAUUCGAGACCUAUCCAGAGGCGGAGACUAAAGGUGAGUGUGAUACAACUCACGGAGUGUGGGAAGAAGUUGUGGACCUUAAGAACACUUACAGAGAUUACAGGGAGAACUUGGAAGAUAUGAAAAACAAACUUGCUCAGUUUCAAGUGGAGAAAGAUGACAAAGAGAGCAUAACUGAUAUAGCCAUGCAAGAUCUUGCUGAUCUGGAAAGUUUGUACAAGGAACAUUUGCAUGAUGUGGAUUCAGAUUCAAAUUCCAUAUUAAGUCAUGCUGAAAAAGAGUCGCGGCAAUGCAUGACAGAACUGACGUUUGUCGAGCUUUCGGAGCUUGAGGAUUUUUACAUUGAGAAUGCUGCUCGUCAGGAGGAAAGUCUACCGAUGGUAGAAAAAUGGGAGCAAGAGAGCAUGACAGACAUUACACAUGACGUCCUUCAGUACCUUGAGGAAGUAGAAGAGCUUUACAGACAAAAGACGAGAGCUGGUGCAGACGAAGAGGUAAGAAAAGAAGAGAAAUACACUGCGACAGAUCUGACAGUUUCGAUUCUCGACCAUUUGUUAGAAGGGGCAAAUGGUCUCCUGGAGUUCAGUACAGAGAAAGUGGACAAGAUGAUCUCGACAGACGUAACCAUUCCCGUCCUCGAGCCUCUACAUCAAACUGAAAAACUUCACCAGGGGUAUCCCAAAGUAGACAAAUGGGUAGCUACAGAGCUAACUUCUGAUGGUAUAGAAUAUUGGGGGCAAGAAGAGAAAUUACACAGGGAACGUUUAAAUGGUAGGGAAGAAAACAAAACAAUCGCUGACAUGGGAAUCGAGCAGAGAUAUGAUGUGGAGAUUAGUAGUUUGCGAGGAAAAAGCGAAGAACUUGAGAAUGAAAAGAAUUCGGUGGAAAGGUUAACUGUGGAGACAAUGACAUAUCUUACCGUCUCGGAUCUUAAGUGCCAUGAAAACGUUGAUGCAGUUAAUGAUGUGUGCUUUGCUGAGAAGCACAGUGUUGAAACCAUGACUGAUUUCACUCUGUCGGACCUAAAAUACUUGGAGGCUGUGAAAGGGCCAAGAAAUGAAUGUACUCCUGAUAGAAAUGCGGAACCACAGGCCAACAGAUAUGGAGCCAAAAGUGUCCACAGUUUGACUGCUUCGGAUCCACAGCUACUGGAAGGUGUUGAAGCCUCUCAUAAGGUAUGCCUUGUUGAUGGGGAGGACAAAUUAUAUUUCAGAAUUGGAGACAAAGAAAGUGUGGGAGUAAUGACAGAUUUAACUGCGUCCGAUUUGAAAUACUUAAAAGAUGUUGAAGCCGCUCAUGAGGCAUGUCUUGUUCAUAAACAAGAAGAAUUAGAUGCCAGAAUUGUGGACAAAGAAAGCGUGGAAGUAAUGACAGACCUAACUGCAUCUGAUUUGAACUACUUGGAAGAUGUUGAAGCAGCGCAUGAGGAAUGCCUUGCUGAUAAGCACGAAGAAUUAGACAUCAGAACUGUGGACAAAGAAAGCGUGGAAGUAAUGACAGACUUAACUGCAUCUGAUUUGAACUACUUGGAAGAUGUUGAAGCAGCUCAUGAGGAAUGCCUUGCUGAUAAGCACGAAGAAUUAGACAUCAAAACUGUGGACAAAGAAAGCGUUGAAGUAAUGACAGACUUGACUUCAUCUGAUUUGAACUACUUGGAAGAUGUUGAAGCUGCUCAUGAAGAAUGCCUUGCUGAUAAGCACGAAGAAUUAGAUGUCAGAAUUGUGGACAAAGAAAGCGUGGAAGUAAUGACAGACUUAACUGCAUCUGAUUUGAACUACUUGGAAGAUAUUAAAGCAGCUCAGGAGGAAUACCUUGCUGAUAAACACGAAGAAUUAGACAUCAGAAUUGUGGACAAAGAAAGCGUUGAAGUAAUGACAGACUUGACUUCAUCUGAUUUGAACUACUUGGAAGAUGUUGAAGCAGCUCAUGAGGAAUGCCUUGCUGAUAAACAGGAAGAUUUAGAUGUCAGAACUGUGGACAAGGAAAGCGUGGAAGUAAUGACAGACUUAACUGCAUCCGAUUUGAACUACUUGGAAGAUGUUAAAGCAGCUCAGGAGGAAUCCCUUGCUGAUAAACACGAAGAAUUAGACAUCAGAACUGUGGACAAAGAAAGCGUUGAAGUAAUGACAGACUUGACUUCAUCUGAUUUGAACUACUUGGAAGAUGUUGAAGCAGCUCAUGAGGAAUGCCUUGCUGAUAACCAGGAAGAUUUAGAUAUCAGAAUUGUGGACAAGGAAAGCGUGGAAGUAAUGACAGACUUAACUGCGUCCGAUUUGAACUACUUGGAAGAUGUUAAAGCAGCUCAUGAGGAAUCCCUUGCUGAUAAGCACGAAGAAUUAGAUUUCAGAAUUGUGGACAAAGAAAGCGUUGAAGUAAUGACAGACUUAACUGCAUGUGAUUUGAACAACUUGGAAGAUGUUAAAGCAGCUCAUGAGGAAUACCUUGCUAAUAAACACGAAGAAUUACACGUCAGAAUUGUAGACAAAGAAAGCGUUGAAGUAAUGACAGACUUAACUGCAUCCGAUUUGAACUACUUGGAAGAUGUUAAAGCAGCUCAGGAGGAAUACCUUGCUGAUAAACACGACGGGCUUGAAGCGGCCACAGUGAAGAAAGAAAACGCAAAUAUUAUGACAGACUUAUCGGUUUUGGAUCUACAACGUCUGGAGGAUGUUGACUCUGCACACAUGCAAUGCUUGUUUUACAUAGACAGAAAAGAACAUAGGAGUGACCCUCCGCAUACGAAGUUUCAAGUUCGCGGAAAACUGGAAUCAGCUCCCACUGAAAACGAGGAAAGUAAAGCACCGAAGUGGAGACGGCGUUCAAGGUCUACCUCAGUGUCUGUUCAUAUGCAGAAUAAGCACACCAUGACCGAGUUGACAGCCAACAUUCUCGAGUAUUUUGAAGAUAUAGAAGUUCUUUACAAGAAAACGUUGGUGGAAUACGACGACUUUAGAAAGUUACAUUCUGUGGAGAAGGUUGAGAAGGACUCUAUGACAGUUAUCACAACUGAAGAUUUAAAAUAUUUGAAAGACGAAAGUAGUAUACGUCAAGAAACGGAAGAGAAGGAGGUCAUGACUGAACUAGCGAUUGACGAUUUGGAUUAUUUAAUGGGUGUAGAAAGUUCUUAUAAUAAUCACGAGCUUGAUAGAAGAUCUGAGGACAUGAAUAGCGAGAGGACUGCAGAGAUCAUGACAAGUGUGACAUUGGCCUCCAUAGAGUGUAUGGAGGACGAGUAUGAGAGACUACAGCGGGAGCAACCACAGGAAAAAGACCCCUCUUGGGUUAGAAUUGAACAAGAGGACAGCUCAUCUGAACUACAGUACCUGGAAGAAGUAGAACUUUCUUGCAAAGAGGAUUCUUUUGGGGCUGCAGAACUCGCUAGUUCAGAAGAUGCAGGGGUAAUGACGGACCUCACAACUGCCGAUUUGGAAUACUUAGAGGAAGCGGAAAAUCUUUUGAAAAGUAUUAAUGACAAUGGUAGUGAACUAUCAGGAAUGCUUGCACCCAAGGAGGACAAAGAAGUCAUGACAAAAUUGACAAAUUCUGAUAUUGACCACCUUCACACGUUGGGAGAGUUCCAUAUUGAUGGUACAAUGGCACUUUCAAGUGAUGGUGAAGUCGAGAAAGAUGAUAAGGGUACAGAAACGGAACUCACAGUAGCAGAUAUCCGAGAUCUCGAAGAUCAAGCGGGCAGCGGGUCUGAAAAGAGAGCUACGCCUUCGUUUCAUGAAUUUGUUCAUGACAAUUUCCAAGCUGAAACACUCGUGAAUUUGCAAUCAGAGUUAGAUUAUCUACCUGUUUUGGACGAGCCUGAAUUUAUCAUGGACGAGGACGAAGACGUAGAUAUCGAGGAGAAUCAGUGUCGAGAUGCUUGUGUCAUGACCGAGCUAACAUUUUCUGAUUUGCAACAGUUUGGGAUAUAUGACACCUGUGAUGGUGUUGGUUUAAUUCACUUACGUCGAGAACAGACUGAUGUUGGUGUACAAUGUACCCUGGAGGAUUUAAGUUCGCUUUUGGAGGAGCUUAACAAGGAAGCAGAAGAGAAAGGGGCGGAUGUUCCUUCGUGGUUUGUGACAGCCUUAAAGAUGAGACAACCAGGAGGUUUCAAUCCCAUACAUCUUGUAGUGGGACAAACUGAUGAGAUAGAUGCACCUCCAGCAGUCGAACUUCCGAACUCAGGAGUGACCUCCGAGCAUGUCCCAGAGAGGGCACAAAUGUCUAACAUCCCCAUCGACAUGGCACACGUCUCUGACGGUUCACAUGAAUGCUUCUCGUCCAACAGUGAAACAAAUAUACUGCAUUCAGGUGCUUCUUUCAAAAACAUUGGUGUUCAAUGUGAUCCUGUGGAUGUCGACGCCAUGUUGUCAGAGUUUAGAGGAAUUCAUCCACGUGAUGUGGACAUGCCAUUGUUCGUGUCUGCUAUUAACAUGGCCCGGCAAGAUACAGGCUUUAAUCUAGUGGAAGUAGUUGUGAAGAAUCGCAGUGAUUCCAAUCCUGUACAAGAUGAAGUGGCUACCGAACCUAAUAACAGUUUCACGGUAGAAUUCUCCCGACUGCCACCUCCUCCUGAAAAGGCCACUUUCACCAUCAGCUCACCGCCACCAGUCCAGUUUGCAGAAGACGAGCAGUCAGAAUUUCCCGAAGCGGAUAACCCUUUGUUAUCAUCUCAAAAUGGAAGUGACAGCGUUUUCAACCAAACAGACGAAGCAAUUAAUUCCACCCAGGAUGGCGAAGGCAGAGACGUGUUGACGGACAUGCCUCCUGACAGUAGUGCUGUGAACCGGUUUGACAAGUUUUUGAAGGAAAGAAAGGAUUCAGAGUUACUGAAUCUGAUGGCCAUAAGGCAGGGAAUAGAUGACAGUGAUAUAGAGGAUACAGGAGACAUCAAGAGCUUAAAAGAACUAGAAGAAGAAAACGAACUUCUCAGAAAACAUCUGUUAAUUUUGGAAAGCGGAAAGGGUACUGAAGACCUCGAGGAAGAAAACAGGAAUCUCUGGGAGAAACUGAAAGAGAAGACAGAGGAACUUGAAAAAAAGAGCGCCCUUUUGAAGGAGAAAGUCCAGUCCUUGGAAGAUAGAGAAGAGGAAAAUGCAUUGAUCAAAGAGAAAAUGAAAAUUCUUGAGGAAUUAGCAGAUGUGAAGGAUUUAGAGAAGGAGAACGACAAACUCAGGGAACAAGUCAAAGCUCUUGAAGAAGCUUCCAUGAUUUCAGAUGCAGAGAUAAAGAACACCAAAGAAGAAAAUGAAGAGCUAAGGGAAAAGAUAAAAACUCUUGAACAAACUAUGGAUACUGAAGAGCUUCAAAGGGAGAAUGAUUACCUAAAGCAACAAGUAGAAAUGCUAUCAGCUGAACCCGAGAGAGUAAAAGAACUUGAGGGGGAGAACGAAACUCUCAACGAAAAAAUCGAGGCUCUCAAGGCAUCCGCAGAUGAUGUGGUCUGUGAAAACACAUUGUUAAAAGAGCAGAUCGAGGACCUGGAACAAAAUGAUAAACUACACAAGCUGAAAGAUGAAAACAAAAUGCUCAAGGAUAAAUUACAGUUCUUGGAAGAUGCUUCAACUUCAGAACGACUGGAAAACGAGCAACUCAUGGACAAGAUACAGGAUCUGGAACAUUCUACGGGGAGGGUUGUUGAAAGACUCGAAGAGGAAAAUUCAGUGUUAAAAGAAAAUAUCAAAAUUCUGGAAGACACGACUUCUAACAUGAAAACACUUGAAGACGAAAACAUUUUGCUGAGAGAAAGGAUUGAAAGCCUGUACAGUACAAAGGCUAAGGGCUUGUCUGAGGAGGAAUUCGAGACUCUUCAGAAAAAGAUAGAACAGCUGAAGGAAGCAGAUAAGACAAUUGCAGCACUGAACGAAUCCAAUACAGCAUUGAAAGCAAGAAUAGAUAUUUUGCAGUCGGAGAAGAAAAACGACCGAGACGUUUCUUCAGAUAUGGAUCCCUCUGAACAACUUGGAAAGGUUCGACUGCUAUUAGUGCAGGAUUUUGGUUUGACUUCAUCAGAGGUGGAAAGUGUUCUUGGGUCAUGUGACCUUGAAAGUCACGUGUCGUCGGGAAUGGCUACCCCGCGUGAUGAAUUGAACAAUCUGGGUCAUUAUUUUGAACAGGCUGACGGACCAGAGCAAUCAGAUGUUGGUGACACACCGUGCUCAGUGAUCAAACCCGUACAGCAUAUAACACGCAUUCCAGGGGGAAUUAAUGAAGUCAACUCACCCAUACCAGAGAACAUAGCAAAAGAGCUUGAAAAUUUGAAACAAGAAAACAGAAGACUUUGCGAAGAACUUAAAGAACUAAGGAGAACAGUUCAGGACAGGCAAAACACUGAGAGAUUAAACGAGGAAACACAGACCGAUUGUGUGGAGUCCUCUCAGGACAUAGCAGCCAGGAGUCUCAUACACUCUCAAUACGUGCUUAGUUCGAUACCAGGCGAUAUUGAGGAGACCAUUGCACCUCAGGUCCGCUCAACUGUUGCCACUGAAAUACGCUACCUUGGCGACAGUCGUUUGGAGUUUGAGCCAUCAACUCAAAGUCGUUACAAGAAAGGUGCAGUUUUCAGUGGGAAAGAUGAUCCAAUGGACUAUUCAGCGCUAAUAAGAGACUUUGAAAAUACAAUGCCCAGUCAUAACGAAAGUUCUGUCGACUCUGAUGACCUCAUUUCUGAACCAGAGCUUAUGGUUUCCCAAAGGAAUCUGGACACCCAAAUGGAUAUUAUCGACCAACGUAUUCAAGAUCUUCGUUAUAUAGAAGAGAAAGAUUCAGUUCCUCUAGAGGAAGGUAGUAGAGACAGACCAGAAUUAGGUGAUCUUGUCACCUUUGGUUCAGACGAUGAGGGAGAUCUCCCUCCCCUCCCUGAAUCCUCUCCACCACCCCUCCCGUCUGAACCACCACCAGAUUUCACGGAGUCUCCGCCUCCCGUCCUUCAUGGACUGGAAGUGUUGUUGAAUAGUGACUCUUCUCCACCUAGAGAUGCAGCUACUCUCCGGGCUUCAUCUCGACAGCGCCUUCACUCAGAAAAUAAACCCACCUCUGAGGUGUCGCAAUCUUCUUCCCGAAUGGAAUCUCCUUUGCUUGUGGAGGAAACUACGUUGGUCCUUGAAUCAGACCCUAGCGAGCUGGGUGGAAUCUAUCCGAUCGAGGAGCCUACGUCGUUAACCGACUCAUCUGGAAGGCGGCCCACAAGUUUAGGAUCUAUAAAACCUGAUGACUCUAAAACCAAGGCUCCUCUUCGGGUACUUCCAGGACCAAGAAGACUCCUUUUGCCGAAGCAUGAACUAGGACCAUUAAACCAACCAGUGGUCUCAUAUGCAAAUUCAAAUGUGACUUCGUCGAUGCAGCCCCAGAGGUUACGUAAUGAGGAGGAUGGAAUCAUUCCUCCUCGGGGAUUUGUACUUAACCGGGCCGCUUUGAUCAAUAGUGGUGAAAUAGACGCGCUUAACGAGAAGAUUGGGUUCUUGGAGAGGCAGCUUAAAAACAAAGAAAAUGUUAUACGUUCCUUGAAGACCGAAGCAACUGAACGGGAGACUCAGUCUCUGCUUGAACGAAAAGAUCGUGAACUGAGAAUCUUGGAUGAAGAUGUGGUAUUUUUGAAAGAAGAGAAUCAAAAGAAAGAAAAAGAACUUCUUACGAAGAUUGGAGAAAUAAAUAAAAAGAACUACGAGAUUGAACAAUGGAAAGCGGAAGCCAGCAAUUCAGAGAGACAGAGACAAAGAAUGGAAGCAGCUUACAUGAAUUUACAGAACCAGCUUAAAAGUACACAUGGUGCGGAAAAAGAACUGGCCGAGUUGCAAACCAAAUACAGUGGAAUGGAAAAACAGAACUUUGAGCUAAGUGAAAAGGUGAAGAAGUUGGAAAAAAGUGAGAAAGAAUUUAAGAAACUGGAACAUAGCAUUCAAAUACUACAGGCUCAGUUACAAGAAAUGGACGUCCUGGAACAAGAUCGAAACAGCUUGAUCGAAAAAAUGAAAGCGGUUGAGAAUCAACGAGAUGACCUGCUCAGAAAAGGAAGGAUGGUAGAAACAGAGAGAAACGAUUUCCUACGUAACAACAAGCUUAUGGAGAUGCAAAGAGAUGAGUUGAAGAGCAGAUGCUCCGUGUUACAAAAGACAAAUAGCACCUUAAACAUCAGGCUGGCACAACUGGAACAUGACGUAAGAGAAGCCCAAACAAAAAUGCACGAUAGUCAACACGAAAGAAACUUCCUCAAAGUACAACUAGAAAAAAUGGAGGCUGAAAGAAAUGAAAUGCAAACAAGACUUGCCCUCACGACACAAGAACGAAAUUUACUAGAAAACCAAGUAGCAGAAUUGCAAGACCUUAAUAGGGAUCACGUUAAAUUGGAAGACAGUUUUCAUUCUCUUCGAAUUAAGCUUGCGGAAUCUACGCGUCAAAAAGAUGAUGCUGAGAUGCAAAUACCAACUCUAAAGGCGAAGGUUUCCUUGCUUAGGAGAGCGUGUAAAGAAAAAGACGAUCUUGUCGAGAAACUAAAUGAAGAAAUUCGCGAUUUACGUCAUUUCAUAUCAACAUCUACUCUCGACGACCUCUCGAAAAUCCGCAGCUUCGGUUACGCGCACGACAACUUCACGAAGUCGUCUACCCAUCGGGAACAAAAGAAACAGAUCGCUAAACAAGUUCCCAAGAUGUUCGAACCUUCACCACCUGGAAGCAAAAAAGCUAGGCGCUUUAUUGCGUUGUUUGAUUACGACCCACAUAGCUCACCUUCUUCUGAACACCCUGAUUUGGAGCUCAAACUCAAAGAGGGAGAUCUCCUGACAGUUUUCGGUGAUAUGGACAUCAAUGGGUAUUUAGAGGCGGACUUGAACGGGGAACGAGGCCUGGUUCCUAGUUUAUAUGUGGAAGAAUUCGAGGAUGCAAAUGAUUCUGAUAUUGCGCCAGAGGAGCAGUUGAAAAUUUCUCACAGGGCGGCGGGGCCUCUGAAACAUGGUGCUUUGAACAGGAGCAAGGAAAUUCAGUUGUACCCAGAUGUCAUUUCCUGCCGCCGUGGUAGCUCAUCUUCAGGGGCCUCUUCUGCGGAACCUGAGAAACGUAGGUGCCUAGUGGCCCUAUACGAUUACGAUCCUUUUUGCUCUGGUGUCCGUGGAUGGCCGCCUUACGAUCAACUGACGCUGAAGAAGGGUGAUGUCAUGACGGCGUUGGAAGAUCAGGAUGCAAAUGGGUUUUACCGCGUUUUUCUGAACGGCCAAACAGGGUUUGUUCCUGGACAGAUGGUGGAAAACGAAUCUUCAUCUUUAUCGCGGCAACCUGUGAACAGACGAGCUCCAGAGCAAAUAUUGGGAAUGUUAAAUAAUUAUCCCAGACGAGGACAACCAGAAGCUUCUUCAACACAGAAUUCAGACUAUCCUACACCGCUACCAUCGAUGGGAAGCAUGAAGUCACUAACUCACGAUGGUAAUUCCAACGGCUUUCAAUCGCCAUUAACUCGUACGUGUCUUCCCGGCAGUCCAAACAAACUACCCAAUGUGGGAUUAACAAAAUUCAAGCCAUCAACGGACGUAGAUAUGCUUGGUGUCAUGACUUCUGUGACACAGUCCUCCCAACAAUUAGUUCCGCUGUCCUCUCAAGAACCAGACAAAAUAUCGACACCACCCGCAACCCCCAAACAGAUUGCUCCUGUCGUGUCAACCAAGUCACUGUCUAAAAAAGUUCGCCCUAGUGCUCCAAGCAACUUUCGAUGUAUACGACCGGUGAACCACGAUGCUAUGUUGGUGGGAUGGACUCUACCGGAAAUGGACGAGUUUGGUAGAAGCAGCGGUCUCUCUGUGAAGGGAUAUAAGAUUUAUGCGAAUGACGACGUGAGGCUAGACGUUCGUAGCCCCUACAUGGCGAAGGCUUUGGUCGAGGGUCUUGAACUUGGUCUGCCGAUCAAAUUCAGUAUUAAGACUGUGGCUGAAAAUGGCACAUCUUCUGAAACUGUGUCAGCAGCAUUUAACGACACAAUCAAAGAAAGCUUGUUGGAUUCGCGUGAAGAAUACUUUGAGGAUUUGGAAAAUGAGCAGCAAUACAGAACGUUUGUGGCUCUUUACGACUACGAUCCGUUUAAAAGUUCACCCAAUCAAAAUCCUGCUGCUGAAAUGAGCUUCAAAGAAGGGGACAUCUUGAAAGUGUUUAACACUUUCAGAAAGGACGGCUAUUUUGUAGGAAAGCUGAAAAACAGAAAAGGGCUGAUCCCAUCCAACUUUAUAGAGGAAGUAGCUGUGGCCUCACCUCUGCGACUGGCCGCUGCUAAGAGGCGAAAAGCAGCUCUUCCCAGUCCCACAAUCAGGCCUCAAUCAGGACACAUCAGUUCAGUUGAAAGUAUCGGUUCACCAACUGUCGGAGCAAAGAAUCCUGUGCUAAUGAAUAGAAAGAUGAUGGUGGCCCUCUAUGAUUACAACCCAGAGGUGCAAUCACCGCAAGAUAACCCAGAUUCAGAACUCCCGUUGAAGAAGGGGCAAAUAUUUACUGUUUUUGGUGACAUGCGCGCUGAUGGCUUUUAUCAAGCUGAAGUGAAUGGAGAGCUUGGACUCGUACCUGGAAGCUUUCUCGACGAAUACACCACUGGGGGAAUCGUUAGCGGUCUCCAGUCUGGAAUGCUCGAUCCAGUUGAAUGAUCAAGAAAUGGGCUCCUGACGAAGCUUAGAUUCCCGUGUGGAAUUUUUUUAUGCAUUCGCAUACUUUGAUUGUAUUUUGUAGCACCCGCCUAUGCUGCAUCAAUUACUUUUAUAAUCUUCCGUUUUGGAUUUUUUAAUUUCACCUUUUUAUUCUCAUUUUUUGUUAAUUGUGAUAAAGAAAUUUGGAGUAUAGAUCUCUUAAUGUUAAAAGCAAAUAAUUUUGAGGAAAUCAGUCUAGUUUGCUGGCAAGCUAUAUUUUACAGCUGGAGUAGUUGAAUAGUAGAAAAUAGUACCAAAUAAUUGAUACAGUGCAAGAUUUUUUAAUUCCUGUACAGACUUGUAGAUAUCAGACCUCAAAGGUGUAACAGAUGUGACUUACACUGAAAGUGUUUAUGAAGGUAUAACAUUGAGAAAAGGAAAUCUGUACAUUGCAACACACUCAUUAAACUAUUGUCUCUCUAUUUAAA